AUGGAGGCCUCGUUGCUCUCGCAACGCAAGUCCGCAGACGGAAGCUCUUUGGAGACUUUGGAGGAAGCUCAGCAAGGAAAGCUGUUCGACACACAGCAAACCUAUCAGCCAGCCGUGGAGGGCAACGAUCCACUACCAGACUGCUUGCCCACUGAAGCUUCUGACAAAGCAAAGCCGAUAAUCGUCCUUGACCAGCCAUUCAAGGAACACCGCUCGAGCCGCUCCCUCGUGGAAAGUGCCCGCAGAGAUAGUCUUAACGGUCUUACUUCAAUGGAAAGACCGUCUCAUGAAAAGUCCUCCAAGCCGUCUGCCGGCACCGCUGCCAUGCUCGGCCUCCAAGACAUUGGCGGUUUUCAGGGUUUCCUCCGUCGGCGCAAGAACUACAUCGACUAUAUGGCUGGACUUCUGGUCCUUCUUAAUUCGUUCGUUAUGAUGCUCGAACUGGAACUUGAAGGUCGCGCAGUGGGGGCGGCUCAGUUUGGAUUCACAAACACUGGCCCCGACCUGGCCUCGGUGGAGCCUGUCUUUCGAACGAUUGAUGCCAUCUUUGUAUAUGUCUUCCUUACCGAGUUGGUUAUCCGCGUGGUGAUCGAGCGCUUGCA